AUGUGGCUUGAAUGGUUAUAUUUGUUGGUUCUUGCCAUCCCCCUGAAGGCAGUACCUGACGAGGACCGUAUUUUCCAGCUCCCUGACCUCAAAUUUACCCCCAACUUCAAGCAAUACAGUGGCUAUCUCACUGUGGAGUCAGGAAAUCAGCUGUUUUACUGGCUGACGUCAUCCCCAAACCAAUCCGCACCUUUGGUUUUAUGGUAAGUUUAACUGGGAUACUGUACUUAAAAUUAUGCUGAUUUUCUCAGGCUGAAUGGAGGUCCUGGUUGCAGUUCGAUGGCUGGUCUUAUGUCGGAAUUUGGUCCAUUUCAAGUGAAACAAGGUGGACUUGUCCACAAUAAAUACGCCUGGAAUGAAGUAGGUUUCACUAAGAAGAAAACAUCGGCAGUUUGCUCAUAUCUUGUAUUUAGAUGCCCCUGCUGGUGUUGGCUUUUCCAUCCUGAAGAGCUCCAAUUGGACUACAUCAGACGAAGUUGUGGCCAAAGAAAACAAACAGGCCAUGACUAAAUUCUUUCAAAAAUUCCCUGAAUUAAAGAAAAAUCGAUUAUUCCUGGCUGGGGAAAGUUACGGUGGGACUUAUAUCCCGAUGUUGGGGGAUCUUGUCUUGAAAGACAAGCCCACCUUUCCAAAUUUUGAGGUAAGCAUUUACAGCCUCCUGCAGAGAUUGACUUCAGGGCAUUCUUAUCGGCAAUGGAUGUGUGCAUGAGAAACUGAGAAUCAAUUCCCAAAUCCCAUUCAACUUUUAUCAUGGUCUGAUAGCAGAAAAGUAAGAACUUUUUAUAGAUCCAUGGUUGUUUAGAGAUAUUGAGAUCGCUCUCAAUAGAUGUUGUAAAAGGAAAUCUUUGGACACCUGUGACUGGCAUCACAUCACCAAACAAGGCUCUGAGGAAUGCAAAGAGAUUGUGGCAAGACUGGAUGAAUCUAAUUUCUAUUCCGGAUUAGAUCCAUACUUGUUGGAUUAUGCAUGUUAUCCAGAUGAUACGGAAGGACCAGCAGCUUCUGAAUUCAAAAAUACAGCGUUUUCUCAUCGUCGUGUUUUGUCUAAGGUAGGUGAUUAAUUUUAUUUUAUAAAGAGACAAUUUUAGAACAUAACACUCAAAAAUUGUCAUCACGAGAACGAAUACGUACCGUAUCUAAAUCGAAAAGAUGUUCAAAGUGCAAUUCAUGUGAAUCAAGUUUUCUCUUCAUGCAGGUAAGGCUUUCUCUCUGACGAUAUGUGGUAUCAUUCAUGUUUCUAUUUUCCUUUUUUUUAUCUCCUUAUUUGGUUAUGUCACUUAUUGCGCAAUACCUAGCUCAAUAUAUUAUACAUGUAUGCCCCAUUACACGACAGUUUUUUUUUAUUUUUGGCGGAUAUUUCGCAAUGUGCGAAGAAUCGAUAUCCUCCAUUUCCUCCUCAUUUUAUCCUGCAGAAUGAGUCAUUGACUCGGCGAUUUGAGUCAAAGAAAUUGUAGGCAGAUAACGGAUGCAAAUGUUAGGAAGUCAAACACAAACUCAUAGACGCAUUUUUAGCCGCAGUAUCGCAGAAAACUACAUUGUUCAGUAUGAAGACAUGACCCCUUUCAUCCGCCGUCUCAUUGAUGGCAAAAAGAGAAUCCUUAUGUUCAAUGGAGACAUGGAUUCUGUAUGCACUCAUGUUCACAACCUGAAGUUUAUUGAUCAAUUAGGAGAGGAAUUCAUUCAAAGGUCUACCUGGAAGUUAGAGAACAGAGUCCCCAAGACUGCCGGCGUGUGGACAUCGUUCAAUGGUAAGGAGAUCUGGCUGUGUAUGUUUAUGAAAGAGGGCUCCGAAGAGAGUUCGAGAGUCAACCUUUCUUUCGGUCAGUUCAAAGUCCAAGGCUUUACGAGAUUGGCUCAGGGGGUUUAAGCGAAAGAGAAUACCUCGAUCCCGAGGCUUUAAUGAGUGAACAGAUUGACCCGUCGGAAAAUGAGAAGAGUUGGGGGAUGAGGGCGAGGAGAAAGGGAGUGGACCCAAGAAACGGAGAGAGAACGCCGGUCCCGGGAACCGCACGGCACCGCUCGCCCUCGGUUCUCGACCCCCAGCGAAUCGUUCCGCGCUCCGCAAAAGCACACGGUGAUUCCACCCCGCCUCGUACCACCUGCUCUGUUUUUUGUGACCGCCGAAAAUAAUAAUACCAAACUUUUUUUCCUGCAAAUUAUAUACGACACAAUCGUGCGCUUCGAGGAUGCUCUUCUUUAGAAAAGGGUAAACAAACAAAACAAGAAAGCUUACAAAUUCAAAAAUUGCAAUUAACAUGUCAAUGAAUGACGCUGAAGCAUUUUACACUAAAAAGUAUGCAUAUUUUGUGUGGGUUCAACGAUUAGUCUCGCCUCUAAAAAUAACGCGUGGAUAUCCGACUCUGAAAAUUCUCAAGAAUUUUGCACUUUGAAGAUUAACGCCGUCAGCAGUCUUCUUUUAUGCUAACAAAAAGGUCAAUGCACUCUGAGACAAUGUACUUUCCCGUCAAUAAGUAACGAACUAAUUCCAAUUCUAGGUAUCGACUUAGUCACAGUCAAUGGUGGCGGUCAUUUCGUAUCGUCGCCCUACGAGAAACCCCGAGAAGCCCUGCAGAUAUUUGUAAACUUCAUCCAAAACUCCAACUACAGCACGACCGUAUAA